AUGCUUUUCUCUUGCUAUUCCAUCUUUUAUUCCUUUUCUCUCUUUAUUCCAUCUUUCAAUCCUUUUCUCUCUAUUCCAUCUUUCAAUCCUUUUCAUUUUAUAUUCAAUCAUUCAAUCCUUUUCUCUCUCUAUUCCAUCUUUCAAUCCUUUUCAUUUUAUAUUCAAUCAUUCAAUCCUUUUCUCUCUCUAUUCCAUCUUUCAAUGCUUCUCUCUCCCUAUUCCAUCUUCCAAUCAUUUUCUCUCUAUUCCAUCUUUCAAUCCUUUUCUCUCUCUAUUCAAUCCUUCAAUACUUUUCUCUCUCUAUUCCAUCUUUCAAUCCUUUUCUCUCUCUAUUCCAUCAUUCAAUCCUUUUCUCUCUCUAUUCAAUCCUUCAAUCCUUCUUUCUCUCUAUUCCAUCUUUCAAUCCUUUUCUCUCUCUAUUCCAUCUUUCAAUGCUUCUCUCUCCCUAUUCCAUCUUCCAAUCUUUUUCUCUCUAUUCCAUCUUUCAAUCCUUUUCUCUCUCUAUUCAAUCCUUCAAUCCUUUUCUCUCUCUAUUCAAUCCUUCAAUCCUUCAUUCUCUCUAUUCCAUCUUUCAAUGUUUUUCUCUGUCUUUUCCAUCUUUCAAUUCUUCUCUCUCCCUAUUCCAUCUUCCAAUCCUUUUCUCUCUCUAUUCCAUCUUUAAAUUAUUUUCUCUAUAUAUUCUAUUUUUCAAUCCUUUUCUCUCCCUAUUCCAUCUUUGAAUUAUUUUCUCUCUCUAUUCAAUCCUUCAAUCCUUUUCUCUCCCUAUUCCAUCUUUCAAUCCUUUUCUCUGUCUAUGCCAUCUUUCAAUGUUUUUUUCUCUCUGUAUUCCAUCUUUUAAUGCUUUUUUCUCUCUUUUCUGUCUUUCAAUGA